GUUUUGGCCUGACCUUUCAGUGCGCCAUUUCACGAGGUCGGCAUUGUGUCAUGGGCAAGAAAGUGUGCAACCCUAUUUCGCCGCACUUUUGGACACAUGAAGAGCACUGCCGGUUCCUGGAAGCGUUGGAGAAGUGUGGCCACUGCACACCAAGUAGCGCCGUGUGGACGAUGAUCGCAGACUACGUUGGCACGCGCAACUUCAAAGACGUCAAACUGCAUGCGAACCGGUACUUUUUGCAGCUUCAAAUGGUCAAUACGCAAAAGAGAAAGGAAAUGCACGCGAUGCAAGUGGUCGACAGUCGCUGGACACGCGCGGAUGACCAGUUGUUUGAAGAAUUGCUCGCCCAUUACAGCAAUUGUGCGUACUACCCGUGGGAAAUCAUUGCCACGAAAUUCGCGAACAAGUCUGCCAAGGGCGUACGCGAGCGGUAUCAAAAGCUACUGUUUGACAUGGCGCUCAUAGAAAGCGGCCACCACGUCACCAUGCACCUGCAGCACCCUUCAGCCCCCGUUGACCGAGCAACCGAAGACGAGCAUGACGACGCGGAAUUUAGGAUUUACGACUGCAGUGUCACGAUCACGGUGGACGAGGAAGACAUGCUCCUGACAGCACUCGAAGAGGCGUCGGUCCCACAGACAGCCUCGACUGACUUGCUGGCCAUCGUGGCGUCUGCCGUCGUGGCCAUCUCAAGCCAAAGCAACAAGAAACCCCCCAGCCGGACCCAAAUGGCGUUCACAAAGCAAGACGCCGACUCCGCCAUCGCUAAAAUCCUGGCGCUGCCAACUUUAGACGCCCCGACAGUGCUAGACACCCUCCUCGUCGCACUCAACCUGAAGGAUGACCCGAACUUUCUUCCCCCUCCCGACACCAAGCAAGCCCUGCGUCCACUACUGCCGCACAGUAUGGCCUUGGAGUGUCCCCGUCCCCACCACCCCCUGCACCAACACCGCCACCAAGAACACCACCACCACCACCAGCAGCAUCCCCCCCAAGUGCCAUCCUACCACCACCAGCAACACCAAGCAUCCCCUGACAUGCGACAAGGACACGCCUCUGCUACUUGUACCAUGCAUACUGGAUACAACAUUUGACGAGUAAGUAUAAUUUGCCUCGUGAACAUGACCAUAUUUUCCUUGUGU